CGCAACCCGUAGCCAUAGAAACACUUACAUAGUUGUUGCUAGUGAGUUUUAUUUAGUAUCAGUAUCACAAAUAGAACUAGCACGCUAAAUCGCCGAGAUCUAGAGCAGUUUCCAUCUGCAAAUACAUUGAAAUCGACCAAAAACCAGCGUCCUUAUAAUUGUUUACCGUUAUGAAAUCGCCAGGAGACCUCCAGGCACGGUCCACGUGUGGACCAUCCAGUCAUAUCCUUUGCACCGGUGCCAGCGACUUUUAACCUCCAAACUGGGACAAAGGAACACUAUCCUAAAAUUUUCACAGAUCUGCCAGACACUGCCCUCAGAUCCAGAAGCUUGCAAACAAGAAACAUCUCUUUCCUGAGAGUGGCAAAAGACAAAAAAACCCCACAGAUUCUGAAGUGAAUUCCAAUGUAAAGAAUGGCCCAGGCGCCAUCAGUGUCCACAUCUUCCCACUGUAAUCUACGAAAAGAUUAAUAAACCAUGCCUGAUUACUGAGUAUGUGGAGAAGUAUACUCCAUAUGGAGAUGUUCAGCCGAGAGAAUCCUACAAACCUCGAGAGGAAUACCAACGACAUGAAGGGAAGAUGCAGAGCAUGACUACAUUCAGGGCAGAUUAUACUGCACAUGAUAUCCAGCCUAGACCAGGCAGGGUGAGUGAGGAAUUCAAACAUCCCCAUGGAAGUAUGAAUCUACACACCACAUACAAACGAGAUUUUAACGUACACUCAAUCCAACCAGUGGCUCCGAAACGACCAUUAGAACAAAGAAACAACUCUACAGCAAAGAUGGAAACAAUUCCCACGUACAAAGAUCAUUUCAAACAGUGGGAACUUCCUAAAAAAGAAACAUAUAAACCAGAAUAUACAUUCAAAGUACCAUCAGUCAAGUUUGCAAAUAAAACCACAUUUCAAGAUGACUAUUCUUUCCAAGUGCCAACUCCCAGAGAGUGUGUUAGGCCUACACGUGCUGCUAGGUUGUUAAACGUGCCCUUUGAUGACAUGACCAACUAUCGGCAGCAUUUUGUACCUUAUACGUAUGAGCCCCGCAAGCGGCAUGAACAUGAACAAUACAAACCAAAUGAUGAACCUUUUGAUGAUCUCACUACUCACAGGAGAGAUUUCAAGGGACAAACGGGAGAGCUUACGCUACCUAUUCGACCUCCAUGCAGCAAACCAGACUCUGAUCAGCAGUUUCGUGACUUGACUGAAUUUCGAGACAAGUAUCGCACAUGGACGGUAGAUCGACCAGUAUUGCAUAAGGCUGUGGAAUUUGUAUCUCCUGAAGGCACAAUUGAUCUGAGCACCACUACUCGUACAGACUACAUUGAACACAAAGUUCACCCUCUUGUUCCAGCCCGGCCUGUGCCCCAGAGGAGUGGGUUAAACAUUUCAUUUGAAGGGCAGUCCACCAUGAAGGCAGACUACAAACCUUGGGAUUCUGUACGAGAACCUAUGAUCAAACCACGUCAAGAACUGGAGAAAGCCACCGGCCAAUUUAAUGAUAUGACAACAUUCAGGGCUCACUAUGUACCUCACCAGAUCAACCUGGUACAUUCCUUCAAACCCCGAAACUCCUACAAUCCCAACGCAGUGCCGCUGGAUAAUGGAACCACCUAUCAAUUCAGUUUCACACCAAAACCAGUUCAGCCAUGUCCUGCCUCAUUCACAGUGCCCCCUGGUUAUGAGUACGUGGAAACUGACCCACAAGGUCAUAAAUUGUAUCGCCCACUGUCCGAAAAGGAAAAUGUCCAGCCCAAAUUACCAAACACCUCCCUGGAAUUGAUUUCAAAUACUCUCAGACAUCAAAAAUCUGCAAAUGAUUUGAAAGCAGGUUUCACAGCUGAUGGAAUAGUUGCAGCUUGAAGAAAGCAAACCAUGGCCCUGCCAACCUGGAAAUUAUGAUCUUCUGGUGUUCUUUAACAGGAUUACAGAUAUGCAUCUUUUCUGCUUUACUUUAAAAAACUGAUAAAUAAGAAUAGAAGGUUUUAUUCCUGUACAAGUCACAAUCAAAUACAGCAAUACUCUGGGACUGGCAAAAACCACACCCCUAUUUUAGAAUGGAACUUGACCUCCUCUCAUCACCUUGGCUUGGAUGUUCUAUUAUCAACACACUAAAAUGGAAUUUUAAAAUCAAUUGCUUCCACUGACAGUGCUGCAUACAUUAUUCAGAAGAUUCACAUUGAACACUUAUUUUGAACGCAAUUCCAUAUUUUUUUUGCAGUAUACCAUGUGAUUGGAAUUGCAUAGUAAAGGCAGAGGAGCCUGGAAUUAUUUUAAGUAAGUUUUGGAUGUUGUGACCUGGAGAUGAGGGUUUUCCUGAGAGAAUGAACAAUGCUGAGACAGAUCUUAUCCAAGUCAAUUUUGUGAUCAUUAUCAGUGUAAGAUUCAAAUGUCUGAUUUUUUUUUUUAAGAAAACUUUUCUGUGAAGGUGCAACACUUCUGUAACUGCUUGCUUACGAAUGGACUUGAAAUGUUACAUUCUAAUACAGUUAAUCUGAAUGAUAAACCUGGAAGAGGUAAACCCAAUAGACAAAUGUGUCCAGUACAAGUUCUUGGGCAGGAAAGAAAUUAACACAUUAUAUUAUGAGUUCAGGUGUUACUUCUACUAAAGCAGAUAUCAUCCUACUGUUUAACUUUACUUUGUUGCCCCAAUCUAAGAAUUAAUCACCAGAAAGAUCUAUAUUUUUGUAUUUGGAUCUUGUACUUUUUAAGCAGUGAUAAUUUAACUUUUUUUAAAAAAACCUGUCCACAAAUUAUCUAUAGCUAUCACAAAAAAAUUGUCAUUUUUACAUAUUUGUCUCAACCCAGGCAUCCAGUGGAGUUCGUCAGUUUCUCAAAGUACCAAUGAUUAGUUCACUAUAAUUACAUUAAGUUAAAGGCUAACAUUUAAAACGAGAUGACUGAAAUAAGUUUUUGUUUUGAAAGUACAGAUACAGUUGUUAUAUAUCAAGAUUAAGGUUUCUUUUAAUGUUAUAUUCUAAACACUGAAUAAACCAUUUGAAGCUACCACAUCCAUAUCCAUCAUCUUGUGUAGAUGUGGAUUACAUUCAGUAAAAGAUUCGAAAGCCUUUUAAUAAGCAUCCCUAAUUCAUGUGCAUUUAGUGUAGCCCACUUACUUUCUAUACACUUACAAUAGAUAUUUAGCUCCAUUACCUGUAAUUAUGAAGAACACAAGUGUAAUCUGUUUUGCUUCACAAUAAUAUUUCACCCAUGAUAUUCUCAGGAAUGCUUCUAAGUUUCCUAUUAUUGUUUGUAUUAACACUAAAACCUUUUAUGGUAUACAUCCUUUGGAUUUGUACUGUCUUUUUACAAAUGGGUUGGUCUGCACAAUGUGAUUUCUCCUAGCAUUUUUAAAACUUUAGCAUGAAUUUUUAAGUAGUGUGCGUUUGCAAUGUCCUUUGUAUUGUAUAGAGCCUGACUUUGACUUUGCUUUAGGUAAUGGAUUUCAGGUUGUAGAUGUGCCAAUGUAAAAUAACAAAUAAAAUUCUUUUAAAAAAAAUACAUAAAAAUAUACAGUGCUAAUACCAGAAUGUUUAACUUGAUUGCUGAAAUGUGCUAUAUCGGCAUUGUGAAAUUUUAACACAUUUCAAUUUGUAAAGUUUUGAGUGAAUCUUGGUGAUUCUGUCAAUCGCAUUUGAAUAAAUGCCAUGAUUUGUCGUUCUUAAGUAGCUACAGGUAUUCUCCUAUAAUGUGAUAGUUGCAUUCUUGUGUGACCUCGUGCUAUUAGGAAAUCAGUAUACUAUACUAUAACAGUAGAAAGUUUGCAUUAUCCAAACAGCAUGUACUGUUCAUCAAUGGUCUUACAGCCAUUUUGUGUUAACAAAAUGUGUUCUAGCAGAAAUCCUCUGGUGAUUUGCUAUGGUGCGAAGUCGCACAAGAACACCACUAUCGCAUUAUAGGAGAACUACCUGUAUUACACAGUUGUCCCUCCAUGAACUCACA